AUGGCCGCCGAUCUGGGGGACCCCAAAACUCCCCCGGCCCCCCCAAAACGCUUCUUCCGCAAGAGCGUGGAGGUGCUGGAGGAGGAGGAGCGGGGCGAGCGCGGCGGCGACCCCGGCCCGCGGGGCGACCCCCGGCUCGGGGGCGGCGAGGAGGGCGAGGAGGAGGCGGAGAUGAAGGCCGUGGCCACCUCGCCCGGCGGCCGCUUCCUCAAGUUCGACAUCGAGCUGGGGCGCGGCGCCUUCAAGACGGUCUUCAAGGGCUUCGACACCGACACCUGGGUGGAGGUGGCCUGGUGUGAGCUGCAGGACCGCAAGCUGACCAAGGCGGAGCAGCAGCGCUUCAAGGAGGAGGCCGAGAUGCUCAAGGGGCUGCAGCACCCCAACAUCGUCCGCUUCUACGACUCCUGGGAGUCCUCGCUCCGCGGCAAGAAGUGCAUCGUCCUCGUCACCGAGCUCAUGACCUCGGGCACCCUCAAGACGUACCUCAAGAGGUUCAAGGUGAUGAAGCCGAAGGUGCUGCGGAGCUGGUGCCGGCAGAUCCUGAAGGGGCUGCAGUUCCUGCACACGAGGACGCCGCCCAUCAUCCACCGCGACCUCAAGUGCGACAACAUCUUCAUCACCGGCCCCACCGGCUCCGUCAAGAUCGGCGACCUGGGGCUGGCCACGCUCAUGCGCACGUCCUUCGCCAAGAGCGUCAUCGGGACCCCCGAGUUCAUGGCCCCCGAGAUGUACGAGGAGCGCUACGAUGAGUCCGUGGAUGUCUACGCCUUCGGGAUGUGCAUGCUGGAGAUGGGCACGUCCGAGUACCCCUACUCCGAGUGCCAGAACGCCGCCCAGAUCUACCGCAAAGUCACCAGCGGCAUCAAGCCGGCGAGUUUCCACAAGGUGACGGACCCCGAGGUGAAGGAGAUCAUCGAGGGCUGCAUCCGGCAGAACAAGGCUGAGAGGCUGUCCAUCCGGGACCUGCUGGACCACGCGUUCUUCGCCGAGGACACGGGGCUGCGCGUGGAGCUGGCUGAGGACGACGCGGGGCUGGACCCGGCGCUGGCGCUGCGGCUCUGGGUGGAGGACCCCAAAAAGCUCAAGGGCAAGCACAAGGACAACGAGGCCAUCGAGUUCAGCUUCAACCUGGAGGCUGAUGUCCCCGAGGAGGUGGCCUAUGAGAUGGUGAAAUCCGGGUUCUUCCACGAGAGCGACUCCAAGGCCGUGGCCAAAUCCAUCCGGGACCGGCUGGCGCUGGUGAGGAAGACGCGGGAGAAGAAGCAGGCGGAGGGCAGGGGGGGCCCCGAGGGCCGGGGGGGCCCCGAGAGCGAGGACACCGAGGUCGAUCAGCACGUGAGGCAGCAGCUGCUGUGGGAGCAGCCCCCUCCUGGUCCUGCCGAGGGGGUCCCGGAUAAUGUUCCUCCCCCAGAUGUCUCCGGUCCCUGCAGUGUCACCGGAGCACCUGAGCAGCUCUGGGGGUACCCACAGGGAGCCCAGGAUGGGGUGUCCCCCCCUGUGCCACCACCGGUGACCCAGGGGACCGAGGGGACAGCAGAGGAUGGCACCGGAGGAGCCACCACGGAGCCACCUGGGCCUGAGGGGGAGCCCUGUGGCUGUGGCGGGGGGUCGGUGACAGUGGGGACACAGCCACAGGUGGCACCCGGGGCACCGGGGCCGGGGAUGGCACCGAGAGUGGCAGCGGGGGUGGCACUGCCAGCUGCGGGGGUGACGGCGGCUCCUGGAGUGUCACCAGCGCAAGGGGUGCCACCUCCUGCUGGAGUGCCACCGGCCCCGGGGGUGACACCAGCUCUGGGGGUGACACCAGCUCUGGGGGUGCCACCUCCAGCUGGAAUGUCACCAGCCCAAGGGGUGACACCAGCUCCACGGGUGACACCAGUCCAGGGGAUGACAUCAGUGCCAGGGGUGACACCACCCCAAGGCAUGCCAUCAGCUCCAGGGAUGCCACCAGCUCCAGGGGUGACACCAGCGCAGGGGAUGGCAUCAGUGCCAGGGAUGCCACCAGCUCCAGGGAUGACACCAGGUCCAGGGGUGACACCAGCCCAAGGAAUGGCAUCAGUGCCAGGGGUGACCCCAGCCCAAGGGAUGCCACCUGGUCCAGGAGUGCCAGCCCCAGCUGGGGUGCCACCACAGUUGGUCCCCAUGAUGCAGCUGCAGCCAGGCCUUGGAAUGCCACCAACAGCCCCUGGGAUGCCACCAGGUCCAGGAAUGCCACUGCCAUCUGGGAUGCCACCAGCCCAGGGGAUGCCACCACAGCCAGUCCCCACCAUGCAGCCGCAGCUGGUGCCAGGGAUGUCACCAGCUCCAGGGAUGCCACCAGUGGUGGGGAUGUCACCAGCUCUGGGGAUUCCACCACUGUCCGUCAUGACACCAGUCAUGGGGAUGUCACCGGCCCCGGAGAUGCCACCUCCAUCCAUGAUGCCACCAGCCCAAGGAAUGCCACCUCCAUCUGUGAUGCCACCAGUCAUGGGAGUGUCACCAGCCCCAGGGGUGCCACCUGCCCAAGGGAUGCCACCACCAUCCAUGAUGCCACCAGCCUCAGAGAUGCCACCACCAUCCAUGGUGCCACCAGCCAUGGUGAUGCCACCAGCCAUGGUGAUGCCACCAGCACAAGGGAUGCCAGCUCCACCCAUGAUGCCACCAGCCCAAGGGAUGCCAACUUCAUCCGUGAUGCCACCAGCCCCAGGGGUGCCACCUCCAUCUGUGCUGCCACCAGCCCCAGGGAUGUCACAAGCUCCAGAGAUGCCACCACCAUCCAUGAUGCCACCAGCCAUGGGGAUGCCACCAGCCCCAGAGAUGCCACCACCAUCCAUGAUGCCACCAGCCAUGGGGAUGCCACCAGCCCCGGAGAUGCCACCACCAUCCCCAAUGCCACCAGCCGUGGGGAUGCCACCAGCCCCAGAGAUGCCACCACCAUCCCCAAUGCCACAACCCCUGAUGCUCCCUGGCCCUGAGGACCCCUCGGUGCCCGCCGAGGCCGCGUCCCUGCUGCGUGUCCCCGAUGUCCCCGAUGUCCCCGGGCCGCGUGCCCGGCAGCGCCGCGCGUCGUGCCAGCGCCCUGCCCGCUUCCAGCUCACCGUGCUGCAGGUGUCCUCAGCUGGGGACAACACGGUGGAGUGCCAGCUGGAGACCCACGACAGCAAGAUGGUCACCUUCAGGUUUGACGUGGAUGGGGACGCGCCCGAGGACAUCGCCUGCUACAUGGUCGAGGACAACUUUGUCCUGGAGGGGGAGCGGGACAAGUUCGUGGAGGAGCUCAAGGCCAUCGUGGAGCAGGCACGGGGGCUCCUCGGGACCCCCGCCCCGGACCCCCAGGUGGGACCCCUGGAGCCGCCAGCGGGUGGGGAAGGACCCCCCCAAUCGUCACCCGUGGGGCGCUGGAGGUUCUGCAUCAACCAAACCAUCCGGAACCGCGAGGCCACCGGCCCUGGGGGACCCCCGCCUGCACGGAGAGCCCUGGGGACAUCCCAAGGGGGUCCCCAAGAACAGGGGACAAACAGGAGCGGAGCGUCGGAGCAGGACGGGCCAGGGGGGCUGGAGAUGGCGGUCCCCAAAGCCCAGGACCUGGAUGUCCCCCAGGGACAGGAGUCAGCUGUCCCCAAACCGGAGGAGCUGGGUGUCCCCCAGGCUUUGGGGACAGCUGUCACUGUUCCCCAGGAGGUGGCUGAACCCACAGCACCAGAGAGGAUCAACCCUGAACCCCAAGAUCUGAGGGCUCCCCAAGGCUCAGGGCUGAGUGUCCCCAGCCCUGGACACCCGGACGUGGCUGUCCCCAAACCUCCGGAGCUCAAUGGCCACCAAGAGCCCCUCGUCCCUGGGGACACAGAGCCAGGUGUCCCCCAGGAAGAGGGGACAGUCACUGCCCCAUUGGAGCAGGAGGGACCCAGGGAACCGCCCGAGCCCCCAGAGCCGGACGUGUCCCAAGAGCCAGGUGACCCCCAAGGACUGGGGACAAUCGUCACUGGAGCCCCAGAGCCACCAGGUGACUCCCAAGGACUGGGGACACUUGUCACCGGUGCUUGGGGGCAGGAGGGACCCCCGGGACCAGAGGCCGUGCCCCCCGCCCGCCCCCCGCCCGGGGCUGCCUCGUUCCCGCUGGGGCUGUGCCCGCGCCUGCGCAGCCCCCGCAAGGGCUGGGGGCGCCGCAUCAAGAGCUGGGCCCGGCGCCUGCGCCCCCCGUCUGGGGGGGGAGACCCCCACACAGAGGAGCCAGAGGAACUCGGGGACCCCUCACGGCGAGGGCACUGCCAGCCACCCCCCGAGCCCCCCGACCCCGAGGGCGACUGGGGGGGCCCCAGCUCGGGCAGCGAGAGUGGGGGGCUGGGGGGACCCCCGCACCCCCCUGGAGCCCCCCUGCUCCCCCCGGGGUCCCCCGAGACCCCCCUGAGCAGCGAUGGGGACUCGGAGCCCGAGGACGAGGCGCUGCGGGAGCAGCUGCGGCGGCUGCGGGAAAAGCACAUCCAGGAGGUUCUGGAGCUGCGGGCACGGCAGGACCGGGAGCUGCGGGAGCUGCACCGGCGGCUCCGAGCCCUCAAAGAGGCCCGGGGGGACCCCCCGAAAUGGGGAGGGGGCGGCGGGACCCCCCCCCAGCGAGGCCAUGGGGGGUCCCCGCGGCGGCCUCGGGGGGCCCGGGCGCGAGGGAGGGGCCGGGGCGUGGCCCUGACAGAGGCCUCAGCCCCCUCCCCGGGCCCCCCGACCCCCCCGGCCCCCCCAAAAAAGGGGCUCUUCACCGACGACCUGCACCGGCUGGUGGAUGAGUGGGUCCAGGACACGGCCAGGGCCCAGGCCACCUCCUCGUGGGUCUCCACCCUGCGCGGCACCCGUGGGACCCCCCGAAAAUGGGGGGAGCUGCCCCCCCCCCAAACCUGUCCUGCGUGGGGGGGGCAGCCCCCUCCCCCCGGGGGCUGAGUGAG